AUGGAUAAUUACCGUACAUCCCUGAAAAAAAUGGCGGAUGACAUCAUAUCCUUGCGCCAACACAUUUCCACGCUGGAGAGGGAAAACAGUGCCUUGAGACGCAACCUUGCCUUACAUGAAGACAUUGGCCGGGCACUUCUACAGGACAUUGACCUAGACGUUAUGACCAAGGCAGAAAUAGUCGACAGGAUACUGACCCUCAAGAAAAAAUUAACUUCCGGGGCUCGGGAGAUGGCUCGGAUGAAGGAUCGGAUUCAGAGGCUGCAAAACGAAUUGAUUCGGAAAAACGACCGAGAGAAAGAUCUCGUGAUGUUACAACGAGCCCAUCAACAACAGCAGAUGGUCCUUAGAAAAUACCAAGCCAAGAUCGCCCGGAUGCAAACUCUUGAAGAUGCCGUCAGGCAACAGGAGAAGGUAAUCGGGAGGAUGGAGAAGAUGCUGGAAGGGAAGAUGAAGGAACGAAUCAAAGAAGCCUCCUUUGGAGAGCUAUCCAAAACAGCCGGUGACAACUGGUCCAAAGAUGUCUACUCCACCCUACUGAUGGAGAAUGUGAGGCUACGGGACGAACUGGGGAAAUCCACUUUUCAUGCCCCCAUCAUAUUACAGCAACAGGCCUUACCAGAUGCAUUUUCAACCAGCUCCGAGAAGCUCUCCUUGGUUUCAAAGCUGGAGAAGGCUGAGGCCCGCAUCCUUGCCUUGGAAAACCAGCUGAUGGACUCUGCCAAGAACUGGGGGCGAGAGAAGCAGAAUUACAACACAAAACUGCUUGAAAAUGACCUCGGAUUUGACCGAUCGACACCCUCCGUCAUCGUUCGUGAUAUUUAUCCGAACGUGAAGGAGAAGAGCGAGGAUGAAGAGGAGAAGCCCAAAACCUCAGGGAAGGUCAUCCAAAAGUAGCCAGUUAUGGGGCUGAAUCUCCUUAUAGAAACCACAUUAAUCCAACACGACUGAAGAGUCAUUGGAGUCCAGAGCCUCCGACUGAAGUCUGGGAAUUGUUCUAUCCACUGCAGCCGAACAAGAUAUCUAUUGCGAAAUAUAUACAGUUAUAUACCUCUUUCCUGGAGAGAUGAGCUGAAUACAGACUUCUCUGUAAAAUAC